CAACCUGUUUUCUUGAGACGUGGAAAAGAUAUAAUGCCGCUUUACAGUUCGAUUGGGACGUACUUGAAUUUGAGAAGGAAGAGUUACCGCGACCGGAAUUCGUUGGCACUAUGGUUAGAAAAUCGCCGAUUACGUUCAAGCAAGAGAUUCAUUUUCCAUUUGGGAAGCGUUUGCGAAAAUUAUUUGUAUCGGGGAUGAUUGUUUUUGUUUCAAUAUGUAUUGUUACGGUUACUAUCGGUGUACUGCUUAUAUAUCCGCAACGUCUUUUUGCCUAUGGUAAUGCGUGGGGAAGUGUUGUUGUCGGGUUGAUUAAUCUUGCAACCGUAAUAACACUAAACAUGGUGUAUUCUCAGUCGGCUAUUUGGUUGACUGACUUUGAAAACCACAGAACAGCCACAUCUUAUGAGGAUUCGUUGACCCUUAAAAUCUAUUUGUUCGAUUUCGUCAAUUUUUAUUCUGCUUUGUUUUACAUCAUGUUGUUCAAGCAAAAAUUUUUCCACAGCGACACGGACAAGGAUGGCUGUCAAUUCCAGAGUUGUUUAACCGAACUCACAAUUCAAUUAGCAAUUAUUCUUAUUGGCAAACAAGCCGUUGGACAAUUUCAAGAGUUGCUUCUUCCCUGGAUACUCCGUAAAUUCCGUAAAGGUGCCAUCCUUGCUGAAAUGAAGGCGUUUGAAGACAAACACAAACGUUCAAAGAGAAAGGAUUCGGAGAUACCACAAUGGACCCAGGACGAUCGGUUGGUUUCCAUUCACAGCGAAGUGCGAUCUGAAUAUGAAGAAAUGGUCGUUCAGUUUGGCUUUAUCUCCUUGUUUGCUACCGCCUUUCCAUUAGCCCCGUUAUUUGCCUUUUUGAAUAAUUUAACGGAAAUUCGAUCGGAUGCGUACAAGUAUCUUGUAACAAACCAGAGGGCUGUCGGACAUCAAGCGCAGGAUAUUGGCAUGUGGGAGAAUAUUCUCCGAGUUAUUUCGCUCUUGGCCGUGCUCACUAAUGCAGGGAUCAUCGCAUUCCAUUCUACUUAUAUGCGAAAACAAUUCGAUAAAUAUAUUGAUAAUAACGAUCAAUUACUUGUUGCAAGAUUGCUGUUUAUGCUUAUAUUUGAGCAUGCUGUGUUUUUACUCAAAUUAGGCUUUGCUCUGCUGAUUCCUGAUGUACCAAAAGCCGUUCGCAUCGCUAUAGAGCGGGAGAAUUACAUGGCUCGUAUUGCUCUUGAAGAUGAAGAUCCAGCUGCUGAUGAAUUGGAGGAGGCUGAAGAGGAUGAUAAAAAGAUAUAUUCGCUCGUUGGUUCCUUGAACCUGCAGAAACUUAAAAGAGUCAUGCAUCAUAAUCAUGUGUAUUUCCACGAAAAAUCCCAGUAA